CUGGACUUGCCGUUGAUGGGCGUGGUCGUCACUUUCCGGUUACAGUUUCGUGUCACGCGCACGCAGCCACGUUCAGACAGAAAGCGCUCGGAAGGUGAUUUUUUUUUGGUUUUGAGAAAAGACUCGGAGCGGGGGUGAAGUCGAUCAGAGUCGGGAUCUGUGACGGCUCUUCAUGGCAGUCAGAAGGGGACACGUUAGAUACUUAAAAGAGGUGUACGACAUGUCGAACGGUUACGAGGAUCACAUGGUGGAGGAGGCGAAGGAUGCCAAGACGAACCUGAUCGUGAAUUAUCUGCCACAGAACAUGUCGCAGGAGGAGCUGCGCAGUCUCUUCAGCAGCAUCGGCGAGGUGGAGAGCGCUAAGCUCAUCCGAGAUAAAGUCGCCGGCCACAGUUUAGGGUACGGCUUUGUUAACUAUGUAAACCCUAGUGAUGCAGAAAGAGCAAUCAGUACUCUGAAUGGCCUGAGGCUACAGUCUAAAACCAUCAAGGUGUCGUACGCACGGCCGAGCUCAGACUCCAUCAAAGAUGCCAAUCUGUACAUCAGUGGCCUUCCUAAGAACAUGACACAGAAGGAUGUGGAGGACAUGUUCACGCGCUAUGGACGCAUCAUUAACUCGCGCGUGCUCGUCGAUCAGACAUCAGGUCUUUCCCGCGGCGUCGCGUUUAUACGCUUUGACAAGCGCUCCGAGGCAGAAGACGCCAUUAAAGAGCUGAAUGGACAGAAACCUCCUGGCGCAGCCGAACCCAUCACCGUCAAAUUUGCUGCCAAUCCCAAUCAGAUUAAAAACACACAGAUCAUCCCUCAGAUCUAUCACUCACAGUCUCGCCGCUUUGGAGGACCUGUACACCACCAGGCCCAGAGAUUCAGGUUCUCCCCAAUGGGGGUGGACCACAUGGGUGGUCUGUCCGGAGCGAACAUGGGCGGGAGUGCGCAGGCCGGGUGGUGCAUCUUCAUCUAUAAUCUGGGUCCGGACGCAGAUGAGGGAAUUCUGUGGCAGAUGUUCGGUCCGUUCGGCGCCGUCACCAACGUCAAAGUGAUCCGAGACUUCAACACCAACAAGUGCAAAGGCUUCGGCUUCGUCACCAUGACCAAUUACGAGGAGGCGGCUGUGGCUAUCGCUAGCCUCAACGGCUACAGACUGGGGGACAAGAUCCUGCAGGUGUCCUUCAAAACCAGCAAGACUCACAAGUAGACGGACUUUGCUUGGAAAGCCGCUGUUUUAUAGUUUCAUCUGCUUCUCUCUCUCUCUCUCUCUCACACACACACACACACACACACACACACACACACACACACUGUGCUCAUCACCAUCCUCACACACCUAACGUCACUACGUCACUGCACUCAUAACGACCGCAAUUACUUUAAUAUCUUGAUGUAUCGUUUAACUGAUUAUUGCCACAUGCCCUGUGUGUUAGUCCACUUCACACCACAUCGGUCUCUCCAUCUCAUCUGCUCAUUUUUGCACCUAAGGCUGUGACUGAAGUAUAAAAAGUUACACAAAAUGGUCAAUAAUUCAGUCUUGCUUUUUUUCCCCCAGGAAUUCCUUUGUAGUAUAAUUUCACUUGGCUUAGCUUAGGUAGGUUUUUCUUUUUUUUUCUUUUCUUUUUUUUUUUCCCUCCACUGCAAGAGGGGUUGAGAAGACGCCCCAUCACUGACAUUUCUCCUUUUUUUUUGUUUUUGUUAUUCUAACUGCAAGUUGCUAGCGAGAUUUUCUGAAGGUACAUGACUACCUGUCCAUUUCUAUCUUUGUUGUUCUUUAUAAGUUAAGGGUUUUUUUUUUUUUUUUUUUUUUUUAAAUGUGUAGUUUUCAGUCCUUGAUGUGUGUAGUAUUGUUAGCCGCACACACGCACAGGUCACAGCUCGGUCGCUGCGCGGACGUCGGUAUUGGAUUGGAUUUGAAAUUCUGGUAGCUGUAUUAGAUCUGAACCCGUUUUGUUCCUGCUAAGAAUGAUAAACGUGUUAAUGGAGCAGUGUGUGAGGCGCUCUCUGCUGUCUGUUUGCGGAACUGCAUCGAAAACAUUGAAAAAAAGGGGGAAAGGGGUGGAACCUGAUUCUCCAUGUGGGCGGGGCUAAUUUCAAAAAAAGGAAACUAUAGUCAUGUUGGUGUUAUUGUGAAAUUUUCUAAGGUGUCUUGAUUGUAACAUGAACACCUCACACAGUUUAUCCUUUAAAUUCAGCCAGUUUGUCUAACUGUAAGUCUAUGAUUAUUAUGGGAUGUUUUAGACAUUCUCAAAAGUCACUGAUUCUCCAUCUGAUCCUAGUACAGUGUUUCAACAUUUGAUGCCUUAUUAUUUUUAAGAAACCUUUUUUUUUUUUUUUUUUCCCUUUCUUUUUUCCUCCAGUUUUUGACUGAGGCACUUUUCCUGAUUGAGUCUGUGGUGUGUUCAGUGAAGUGGAAAGUGUUUAUUUAAGUGAUCCUCUAAGUUAAAAAGAAUAAUAAGCAACAGAGUGAGUGAAAGUAAGAAGGACCAAAGACAUGGAAAAUUCCCCCAGAAAAAUUACAACAUAAUGUAGUUCCCCUGUUCUCAUUUCAGCUUCAAGCUUUUGUUAUUUGCUUAUUUUUUCUUAAUUUUCUUUAUUUUCUCUUGUUUAAUGUGACUUUAGUUGUAUUUUUUUCCUUAGUACUAAUCUUAAAAGACGGCCUUUUGAUCUUUUUUUUUGUUUGUUUGUUUGUGUUUUGAGAUUGUUUGACAAUUCUGAUCAUUAAAUUUUAUUUUGAUUUGCCGAACAUUUUGUUUUGUUUCCUUUACUUCUUAUUAGGUUUUAUUUGUUUGGUUUAUUUUUAAAUCGUAUUAGACAGCUUUUUAUUAUCCCAAAUAAAUUUAUAUUCAGUUUUGGCGUUCGCAUGACAUGGCUAAAGAUUAGCUUGGAUUAGAUUAGAGUUUUAAGCAGUAGGACCAAGACACUGAAAUAUUGCAUUUUGUAAAUAUUUAUUUAACAGUGGAUUUUUAGUGCUGGCAGUCCUGUUCUAAAUCAGUGUUCAGUUUUAAUCGACAGUAGUGCACAGUGUCAAAUAUCAGGAAAUGGGGAAAAAAAUAAUCAGACACUUCUGGUUUGUAAUUACACAUGUAGCAAAUUAAUUCAUAUGAUAAUUAUUACAUUUAUAUUUAAUCAUCAAGGGUACUUCAGGAGGCUGCCUAAGUAGUAAACAAGAAUCUGUGCUGUUCAGAGGGUGGCACAUGGAAUAAUCUUUAUUUUGUGCACGUGUCUUUACAUUUUGAGAAUUCUCUUCACCGGUAUGCUGGUUUUAUGAAGAAUAACUACCAUGAUGGCAGUGAUGUAAAAAAAAAAAAAAAAAGAUGUACGAUGCAGGAGAAUCAAUUCUAUGAUUGGCUGAUAUCGUAUAAAGACGAGCUAUUCGGAGCUGCUGAAUGUUGUUUAUCAUGGUUUAUAAUGUUAUUACAAUACUGUAGCUACAGCUAGCUGUGAGAUCCUUGUGAGUUAAGUUCAGUGUGACCAUGGCGACAGCACUCAUUGUUGCCAUGGUUACAUGUUUGUUUUUAUAUAUAUAUAUAUAUAUAUAUAUAUAUAUAUGUAUAUGUAUAUGUAUAUGUAUAUAUAUACACACACACACACACACACAUAUACAUACAUACAUAUAUAUAUAUAUAAGGGUCUCGUUCUGCAUGUCUCUCUUUUUGUCUCUGCUCUCGGCUCACUCUCUCUCUCUCUCUCUCUCUCCCCUAUUUGUCUCUCUCAUUUUUAGCUCUCUCUGUCUCUCAGUGCCUGUUUCUGACUAUCUCCCUCUGUCUUGCUCUGUCUCUCUUUUGGUGUCUUUUCCUCUGUGUCCUUCUAUCCUUGUUUCUAUCUUCCUCUUCUAUCUAUCUCACUGUCUCACUGUCUUCAUGUCUCUCUCUCUCAUUCUCCCCCUCCCUCCCACCUUCCCCAUCUCUGUGUAGAAAUGCACAGAUGAUGAUGGGCAUGCUGAAGAUGAUUUGUCAUUUGAUGUUGGACGGACACACACACGCACACACACACACCUGUUAGUGUAUUGUAUAAACUCUGUGCGUAAGAAGCUGGUGUUAAAGUUAUGAGUGUAAUUGUCCUGCUCUGACCUCUUGGUGAUGUGCGGUGUUUCUUCACUUGUGUGUGUGUGUGUGUGUGUGUGUGUGUGUGUGUGUGUGUGUGUGUUAUAUUUAUUGUCGUACGUGUUCACUGAAGAUUCUUUGUUUUUUUUAUCGCCAUUUUGAAAUUUACAGUCGGACUGUAACGUGGUGUUUAUUUCAAAUAAAAUGCCAAGCAAAUGGAAA